AACCGUGAAGCGACUAUAUAUAAGUGUUGUUAUCAAUGCCUUUAUCCCGUUAGAAAAACUAUUCGAUAUAGUUUUUUCCACACAGUAUUAGAUAUUAUAACUUGCAACGAAUAAAAACGUUGACAUUUACAAAAUAUAACAAGAAUCCAGUGCGAAUGAAGCCUUAGCGUAAAAAAGAAGAGCUAUACGUUUUUUAUCAUUAUAUUCCUUCAUUCAAAGGUUAUCUGAUUUUUAUAAUUGGGUUACAAUGCUAAGGUUAGCUAUAUCGUGCAGCCUGGCGUUGACUGUGUUGUCACUGGAAACGCUUGAAAAGAAUUUUGAGAUAGUCCCGACUCCGUCUCUGUCAAAUAUAAAAUGUGACAAAAUCAUCGAAAACCUCUCCGGUUGCUACGAGUGCUACCUGUGUGAUGAACCCAAAGUGGACUUCAAAAAGAAACAGGGAUCUGUCAUUCACAAUUUGACAUUAGUUGACAUAGACUGUCAAUCGACACGGAUCUGUUGUUUUACACAGAAGGACUUGAUAUAUAGGGAGAGUGACAGCAGAUGUGGCAUCAGUUAUCCUGAGGGCUAUCCUAUCAAAGUGAGGAGUCGUCUCCGAGAAGUUCUGGAUGGACAGUAUCCAUGGAGAGCUUGGGUUUACAGCAAAUCCGAACCAUACCGGCCGAUAUGCGCUGCUACCUAUAUAAAUUACGAAGACGCAGCUCUGCUCGCACCAGCCUACUGCUUACACAACAAGGACCCGGAGACACUGUUAGUACGCUUCAACAAAUACGGGGACGACCAUUACGUUGGAAGCAUCUCUGUACACCCAGAGUAUAACAACGGAACCCAUGAGAAUGACAUAGCGUUGCUGAAUCUUCGUAUGAAGAGCUCCAUCACGUGGGCCGUGCCCGCUUGCUUACCAAAAGUCCACCUUCCUUUUGCUUCUACAUGUGUCGGUGUUUCUGAUGAUAAUAAUUUUAUAAACUUCAUUGUUCCAAAACAAUCUCUGUGCAACGAGACCGAUCCUAAAUUGCCCAACUCCCUGAUGUGUGCCGUCGCCCCAAAACGAGACUAUCAACAAGAAUAUGGCAGUGGACUUAUCUGUUUAAAUGAUAAUGUCAGGGAGCCUUCGUACACGGUGUACGGCAUCAUGCUGGAGAGAUCUGGAGAUUCAAUAUCGCUGUACACAAACAUAAGCCACUUUAACAGCUGGAUAGAGGAAAAAAUCACGAGUUCCUCGCACUGGUGGUCUUGAGAGUCAUAGAGUUUAUCAUUAUAUAUAUAUAAGUGCCUUGAUAAUAAAUGAUAUUUUUUAAAAAAAAUCCUUGAUUAUAUCAUAAUUUUCAUCCAGAACUUACUUUAUAUCUCAGUAUUUUUUUUUUGCAAAAGGCGGCAAGCGAGCAGACGGCCUACCUGAUAGGUAGUUACCGUCGCCCGUGGAUAUCUGCAACAUAGUUUUGUGGAUGUAUUACUACCUUUCAUUGGGGAAGAAGGAGAGGAAAGGGUGGGAAAGGGAAAUAGGAGGAAAGGGUUGGAAAAGGGAAGAGGCAAAUCUCUCACUCAUCGGACGAAAUGCAGCCAUUAAAGACUACUUCACGCGGAUCUUUUGUGAGAGGGUGGUACCUACCCGGUCGUGCCAGCCCAUGUUCCAGCUACAGUAACUUAACCCUGAGCAUUAUGCUGCUUGUGUGAUUCUUACACUUUUUUAAAAACUUCUUUGUUUGAUAUAUCUAUUACAUAUAAAUAACCCGAUUAAUUAUAUGGAAAUUGUUUUCUGAUAUUUAUUGACGAGUGCAUUUUUUCUUUUUGAGGAGGAAGCGUCCGUAGUUUUAUAUUUUCCCUGUGGAACGAAAGCUAGCUGUAGUCAGUCUUAAAACGAUACUUUCUUUACAAUAUAUAUCUUAUAAUUUUACUAUUAUUUUACACUUACUCUAUUCAACGCCAGUAUUAGUUGUUGCUUAUAAAGAAUGUAAACUCAUUUUUGCUUCUUGUACUUUUAUUCAGUGUUUUAGAAAUUCCUAAUUUGUUUGAAUUAAAUUGUUGGAUUGUUAAAUUCAGUUUUUACUGGAAUCUGCUUAUUUAAAUGAAAUUAAACAUGCUCUUAAACUAGUGACAUCUUGAAGAGAUCACAGGAUUGUAUUUACGUGAGAUACUUCUACGAUAUAAGUAACGAAAAUGUAGUUUUUGUUGUAUAUUGUUUGAGUUAUAAUUUUUAUAUACAUACUUUAAAAAAUAAUUUUACUUAAUCUUUGAGAACUUGAAAUUCGACAAUGAAUUUGAGAGCUCUUUACAAAUGACAAUGCUCAUCAAUAGUGACAGGAUGGUGAGAAAAGUUUUUAAUAGUUCAUGCUAUAUUUUAUAAAGAGGACAAAAUCAGACAAUUAUUAAUAUAAUCUAAUCUUUUUCAAAAUA